GCUACGCCACACCAUUACCCAUUAGUCGGAUAAGAAGAACAAUGGGUGUGGGAGAAGUGAUCUACACAUUGUUGGAGGUGUUCAUUGCUGUUAGCUGCUGUCUUGGUAAUUUGCUGGUUAUUUUGGCACUGUGGACCAGUAAAAGCAUUCAGCAGCCUACUUUCUGCCUUAUUGUCUGUCUGGCUGUGGCUGACUUUAUGGUUGGCUGUGUGGCCAUUCCCUUGGCUGUGGUGGUGGAUGGACGAAUGGAGACUUCAUUCCAUGGCUGCCUCUUCAUCAGCUGUGUGGUCAUCUUGUUGACCCUAGUCUCAGUUUUGUCUCUCACGGCUAUUGCAGUGGACCGAUACCUCCGGGUGUAUAUCCCCCUCAGUUACAAGAGGACUGUAUCAAAGAGACAUUCUUGGUUUGUAGUCGCUGCAUGUUGGCUUGUUGCAGUACCACUGAGUUUUCCUCCCAUGCUUGGGUGGUACAACCAGGAAACCUUGUCCAAGUCGGUCAACUCUACAAUUGUCUGUCAGUUUAUAGCAGUGAUCCCCAUGUCAUACCUGGUUUACUUCAACUUUUUUCUCUGUAACCUCAUCCCUCUGUUGGUGAUGACUGUAUUGUAUGGCUACAUUUUCUGCAAUAUUCGAAGAAACCUUCGAGAGAAACCCGGCAGCGGUGUCCAAAACAAGUGUCAGAACUACCUAAAGAAGGAGAAACAGCUGGCAGGAUCUCUGUCUCUGGUCUUGGCUCUGUUCGCUCUGUCCUGGCUCCCUCUCCACAUAAUGAACUGCAUUGCUUACUUUGGUGAGCCAAAUUAUGUACCAGUAACAGCUUUCUAUGUCGGCAUUCUGCUUUCUCACGCUAACUCAGCUGUAAACCCGGUUGUGUAUGCGUUCAAAAUACAAAAGAUCAAGACGGCGUACCUGAAAAUCUGGAAACUGUGUUUUCCAUGUGGGGAAGAAAAUCAAGGAUCUCAGACAAGCCAGAUGACAGACAACAAUCUCAGUAGUAACAUGAACAGUGUGGCCAAAACAGAGUGAAAGAAUAUUAAGUUUGUGUUUGUGUGCUUCUUUGUUCUUAAUGGCUAUAUGACUAUACAGGGACAUUUUCUUUGACUAAUGUUUUUAUUUGAGAGAUUCCUAUAUUUUCUGUAUUUUAUUGGUUAUGUUAUCAGUUGCACUGUAUUUUUAUAGGUUCGUUGUGCUGUGAGCUGUGAGCCCAUUGUUGUUUCACUUUAGUUUUGCAGUUACUUCCUGUCCGUCAUAAACUAAAGAUUCACAUGUAUAGAUUCAAUCUCUAAGCUAAUAGAAGCUGGGUUUAAUGCUCUCUGUAUGCUGAACUGUGCACUGUGUCUCUGUAUCGGAUACAAAAUAUAUUAUAAUAUAUAUAGUCUGAAAAAAUAAAACAGGAAACAAGUGUACUUCCCCAAAUGUGUACAAUUAAAGCGUAAAAAAAAAGGAAGUGAGAUUUUCUGUGACACAUCUAACAGACAAAAAUACUGAUGAGAGUAGACUUGUAGCCAGAAAUAACUGUAAAAUCGUUAUUAUAACAGCCUUGUAGUAUGUACAGAAUAUUUUCAGAACCCAAACAAACUAUGUAUGUUAACCAACUUUGAAGCAUCUCUCUAUGCAGCUUGGCACCAGGCGUUUAUUUACACAAGACACUGUAGCAGCUAUUUCAUUAUUUGUAUUAUUAUUAUUUGUUAUUUUUGCAUUUGUUUGUAUAUUAUUUUGUAGUCAAUAAGGGGCACUAACCACUUGACCAAGCACUUGUUAGGUGAAGGAUAAAAUAGCAAGUUAGUGUAAGUGUCAGGGUUAGCACCAG